AUCGCAAAUCCUAUCCUGCCGAAACGUAGAACGUAAAAUUAGGCGUUACAACGAUAAACCCAUGGAGGAUUAUCGCCCUCUCCCUUGUUAAUUCUUUGUGACAGUAGCAGUGAAGAAAAUGAAUCGUAAAAAGCUGGAGCAUGUUUGAUGUUUUCCAUGAUUUGGGAACUGGAAAAUUCUAUUUAGCACUCGAAAUUAACUUGCUGCCAGCCCAGAAAGGCCCUGUGAAGCUAGGAAGCGUUUUUUGUGCAGUCCAUGAUAGCUUGAACUUGGUGUAGGGGAGUUUUUGGGUGUGAGUUGAUAUGAAGGUCAUAACUAUGACAAAUGGACAAAUGGGUUUCUGUUCUUUUGAAGGAAGUCCUUAUUUCAAUUGUGGUUAUAGUUGGAAACCACAUUUUAAUUCUCGGCGACCACUUUUUUGUUUUCCUUUAAACACAAUUAGUAGUAAGAAAACUAGAGUUUUUGGUUUUGGUUUAAGAAUUAAGGCUAUGUCAAAUGAAGAUUUGGAUAAUCGGUUGGUUGGGGUUGGAUUUCUUGAGAAAGAGUUUGAAUUCAAGCCGGCUUUUGAUGAGUAUUUGAAAGCUAUGGAGUCCGUUAAAACUGCUCAGGAAAAGAAGCAAGUGCGUAAAUUAAGUGGGCGUAAGUUGAAGGAUGACUCGAGGGGAAGCAGUACAACAUCACUGGGAAAAACUGAGAGGUCUGCCAAAUUGAGGUAUAAGGGGUUCAUGGAUCAAGAAAAUAUGUCCAAAGUCAGGAAAAGUGAUGAGUUAGGGGAUAAUGUUGAUGGAGCCAUUGGCCAAAGGGAUGUAAAUAGCCAUGAACUUGAUAACAAAGAAAGGGAAACCAUUGAAUCAAGUGUUAGAUUGGCUGGCAGAGAAAGUAGAGCAGAUGCUAGUGUAAAGAGGAGGGAGAGAAGAGUAACAGAAGAUAGGCAGUGGCUGCUUGAUCAAACUCAUAGCACGGAUGCUGAGUUAGAGGACUUGUAUCAAGGUACAAGUAAGAAAACUCAAAGUGGGCAAAGGAUACAUGUGGUUGUGAAUGACAUUAAAAAGAGCAAAAGCACUAUUGGCACAAAAUAUGGGUUACCUUCUGGUAAAAUUUUACCAAAAAUAUCGGAAAGGAAGGGAAACGCCUUUGAAAGAGAGGAAGUUGGUGCUAGAGGCAAUAAAUUGGGUGGCAGACUUGUGAGGAAUCAUGCCCAAAUUGAUAAAAACACUUACAAUGAAAUUGUGCAGAAAAAAAGAUUUUCAAGUGGAAGCAAUCAGACUUUCCUUGAUGAUAGUGAUGAUGAUUUGGAAACUGAAAGAGCUGCCUUCAAAAGUUUUGAGGAACACAAGGAUGUUAGUAUCAGGCCACGAGCUUCAAGGAUGGAGAUGGAGGAGAGAAUCCAAAAGCUUGCAAAGUGUCUAAAUGGUGCAGAUGUUGAUAUGCCUGAGUGGAUGUUCUCUAAGAUGAUGCGCAGCGCAAAAAUAAAAUACACAGACCACACUAUAUUGAGGGUUAUUCAAAUAUUGGGUAAAUUGGGAAAUUGGAGGCGAGUGCUACAAGUCAUUGAGUGGCUUCAAAUGCGUGAACGAUUUAAAUCUUAUAGGCUAAGACACAUUUACACAACUGCACUUGAUGUAUUAGGGAAGGCACAGAGACCAACGGAGGCACUGAAUAUAUUUCAUGCAAUGCUGCAACAAAUGUCUUCAUAUCCCGACUUGGUAGCUUAUCAUUGUAUUGCCGUCACUCUUGGACAAGCAGGCCAUAUGGAGCAGCUGUUUGAUGUGAUUGAUAGCAUGCGAUCUCUUCCCAAGAAGAAAUUUAAAAUGGCUUUGCUCGAUAAGUGGGACCCCAGAUUGGAACCAGAUAUUGUUGUCUUCAAUGCGGUCCUAAAUGCUUGUGUUCAGAGGAAACAAUGGGAAGGUGCAUUUUGGGUUUUACAGCAAUUAAAGCAACAGGGUCUCCAACCCUCUGUCUCAACAUAUGGACUUAUCAUGGAGGUUAUGUAUGCAUGUGGCAAGUACAACUUGGUUCAUGAAUUUUUUAGGAAAGCGCAGAAAUCAUCUAUUCCAAAUGCUAUAGUCUAUAAAGUUCUUGUGAGUACUCUAUGGAAAGAAGGUAGAAUAGACGAGGCUGUACUGGCUGUGCAAGACAUGGAAAGACGAGGAAUAGUGGGCUCUGCUGCUCUGUAUUAUGAUCUUGCUCGAUGUCUUUGUAGUGCUGGAAGGUGCCAAGAAGCACUACUUCAGGUUGAGAAAAUAUCCAGGGUUGCUAAUAAGCCUCUUGUGGUAACCUACACUGGCUUAAUUCAAGCUUGCUUGGACUCUGGAAACAUUCAAAAUGCUGUUUACAUCUUCAACCAGAUGAAGCAGUUUUGCUCCCCAAAUCUCGUCACUUGCAACAUAAUGCUGAAAGCAUAUAUUGACCAUGGAUUGUUUGCAGAUGCAAAGGAGAUUUUCCACAAUAUGUCAGAAGAUAGCAACUCUAUCCGGAGUAGAUCUGAUUGCAAGCUUAGGGUAAUGCCAGAUAUCUAUACAUUUAACACCAUGCUAGAUGCCUGCAUUGCCGAGAAGAGUUGGGAUGAUUUUGAGUAUGUCUAUGGAAGGAUGUUGCAGCAUGGAUUCCACUUCAAUGGAAAACGUCAUCUUCGGAUGAUACUGGAAGCUUCAAGAGCUGGAAAGGAAGAACCAUUGGAAUUGACAUGGAAGCACUUGGCUCGAACAGAUCGGAUUCCUCCACCUCCUCUCGUCAAAGAAAGGUUUUGUCGGAUGCUUGAGAAAUGCAACUCUAGUUCUGCUCUUGCCUGUAUAGCCACUACUCCUAGUAAUCCCAUUGAAGAGUUGCAUGCAUUUUCCAAGAAAUCUUGGUUGAAUUUUUUGAAGGACAAUGCUCAACGGUUUAGAAGGGAUACUCUGAUCCACCUGGCGCAUGAGGCGAGUGUACUCGUUGCCAGAAGCAACCCACCAAAUCCUGUAUUGCAAAAUCUUUUAACGGCUUGUAAUGAUUUUCUCAAGACUCCUGGGAAAGUUCCUGAAGGCAACCUUGCAGAAAUUGUAUGUGCAGUUCAAUCUUAAACAACUUCUUGAUCUUUAAAUGAAACAAAUUUUUCAUACUCA